UGCCAGUUUCUGUGCUGUGGACUUGCCGGAUCCAGAAGAGAAUAGCCAGUUUCAUGGAUUCACCAGAUGUCCGGUUUGGUGACGCGGUCGGCUUUGAGAGGCUUGCUCUGUCCAGUCGUUGGUCUGAAUGUUGAAGACCCUAGGUCAACAGGUGAGAGUGAGGUGAAAUGUGGACACCUACGCCAUACUAGUUGACUGCCAAAGUUGCCUGUUCCUUUGCUGUUUCCGUCACCGUUUGUCAUCACUUCUUUGCCAGUUUUUCUCUACUUCCUCGGCUGCUCUUUGGCGUUUUUUUGCCAGUUCUUCAACUUUUCCUUCAGGUUCACGAGGUGAAAAUGUGGAUCUCAUGUGGCAUGCCUACUCAGUAAGUUGCCCUUGGCGGUGAGGUUAGACUUUCGGCGCGGUAUGUUCCGCAACCCACGUGCUGCAUACAUGCUCCAGGACUUCACUGAUAGGCUCCAGUACGAGUCUCCGUGUCAAGACUUUGAAGUUGACAGUUUCUGUGCUGCGGACUUUGCCGGUUCCAGAAGAGGAUUGCCAGUCAAGACUUUGAUAGACAGAAGAUGAACACAUGCUGGUGCUGUGGAAGGUCCCAUCUGGCAUCACACUUUUUGCUGAAGAAGCUUUGGGUCCUUGUCAAGGAUAACUGUCUACAGUUUGUGUCCUGCCAAAGUUGACAGGUUCUGUGCUGCGGCCUUUGCCGGAUCCAGAAGAGGAUUGCCACUCUCAUGGAUUUACCAGAUGUCCGGUUUGGUGACGCGGUUGUCUUUGAGUGGUUCGUUCUGCAGGUCCUGUCAUUGGUGGGAAUGUUAAAGACCCUAGUGGUGAGAGUGACUUGAAAUGUGGACACCUACGCCAUACUAAAUGAUUGCCGAAGUUGCCAGUUCCUCUGCUUUUGCCUUCCCCAGUUCCUCGCCAGUUCAUCGUUAAUUCUUUGCCAGUUCUUUGUCUUUUCCUUCAUGUCCAGAAGGUGAGAUUUAGCUUAGUGUGGAUCUCAUGUAGCACCCAGUUCCUGUGUUGCUGCAGUCGACAGUUCCUGUGAUGUUGAAGUAAUAUUUAAUUUAGCUGCAACAAAUUUGCUUCAAUUUAAUUCUUAAAUAUGUGUGAGCUCCCUUGUUUUUGUCAUAACUUUGAGUUGGUUUAUGAAACAGUGCUGCCACCAUCACCAGUUCCUCUGUUGCUGCAGUCCCCAGUUUCUGUGCUGCCACUGUCUUCAGUUCUGAACUCCAGCGUUUUCUUCUGGUUAGGACAGUCUCAGAGGUCAAAGUAAUACACCUGCUGCUGAGCCGACAGUCCUCCGCACACAGCGAGCUCAAACGGGAGGGCUUCUUUCAGACGUGGAGAUGACAGAGUGAUCGUCAGGAGAGGGUCCUGUGGCGUGUCAGAGAUGCUGGGUGGAGAUCUGGUGGCGACGUGGGACGUGGCGCUGAGCGACAACGUGUACAAGAUUGAGUUCGCUCAUGGCACCACCACGGGGAAACGCAUCGUGUACGUCAACGGACAGGAAGUCGUCAGGAAAGACUGGCUGUUCAAGCUGGUUGGAAAGGAAACCUUCACCGUGGGGAGCUCCAACACCAAAGCCACCAUACUCAUUGAGGCGGUCGGUGGCUUUGCCUACGAGUACACGCUGCAGGUGGACGGCAAGAGUCUGCAGAAGUUCAUUGACAACAGAGCCAAGACGUCCAAGACAUGGCUGCUCAAAGUGAAGGGAGAGGACUGCAGGGUGGUGCUGGAAAAGGACACCAUGGAUAUUUGGUGCAACGGGCAGAAAAUGGACACAAUGGGAGAGUUUGUAGACGACGGCACAGAGACGCGCUUCAUGUUGGGGGAACACGAAUGCUGCAUCAAGGCGACGAGCGGUGGGAAGAAAAAGAGCAGCAUUGUGCACUCCUUACUGCUGGACGGAGAGAAAAUACCAGCCUCAACACAAUAGUGCCGGACGAACUCUCAAAGAGACUCUAUGAAAGAGGUAUUUGCACGCAAAGGACAAAUACCAAGCAGUACUACAGGCUGGGCUUUAUGACGAAAGGAAUUUGUUUUUUAUCAUUUAGUUGGGUUUGAUUAUAGAUUUUGAAAAUAAAGAUACAAAUAUGUGCUUGUAAAUAUAGCAAAUAAACACUGUGCAUCAUGUUCUACUGGGUGAUUCUUUGCUAUUUUAUUUUGAAGGGGCCCUGAAGAAAGUAACAUCCUGCAGUCAAAUUAAGAAGUCUGAGAAAUACACUUGUGUUUUUAAGUCAUUUUGCUGCAGCCUCCACGCAGGAAGUAUCUUCCUGAAGGUCGCUACAUCAAGCUUGCAGCGGUUAGUUAGAGAAAGACGGGAAUAAAGGAGGUUUGAUUUUCAAAAUAAAAGCAUCAGAAAUGUAUUGGCAACUAAAUGUACUACAACUAAAUGUAAAGUAUAAAAACUACAAAUGAAAAAUACAAAAUGACUGAAGAAAUGUAAGUAUCAAGUGUUUCACUAAAAACUCAGAAAAAUGACCUGAGUUUGGUGUCACAGAAAUAUAGUCAGAGUUGGAAGAAGUACUCUUUUCUAUUAGUAAAAGUACUAAUACCACAGUGUAGAAAUAUAUGUUACAAGUUUACAAAUGUAAAACUUUAUGCAAAAUCCCCCCUGCCAGUGUUUUUAUGUUGUACUUUACAUUGUACUGGUUGUUAUCGAUUUUCUCAUCUUACUCUCAGUAACAAAGCCGAGAUAUUUGAGUGUAUUUCCCAAAAUGUGGAACUAUUCCUUUACUAUUUACUGUGUAUUUAUAUUGUAUAACUUUAUACUUAUACUCCACGACAUCUCAGAGGGAAAUGUUGUAGCUCAGAAUCAGAAUGGCAUUUACGAAGUAAAGUUUUCACUGUGUUUUGGUGCAUACAAUAAUAAUAGUAAUACCUUCACAAUAAAGCGCUUUUCAAAAAACAA